AUGGGAGAUUUAUCUAAAGUUGACUUAAAGACCCCAUAUAUUGACAUUGAAAUUCUAACCUCCGUCACUCUAGAUAUCGACAAACAUUUAACGGAAGUUCUCAGAUACACAGAUAUCAAAGAUUUGAAACCAGAGCACAGAGAAGAGUUUCAAGACGUGGUCACACAGUAUCACCAUAACCUUGACAAGAAUAUUCAAAACAUUAACAAGAUUUCAAGAGAAAUAGUUCUAUACAAAAAGAAGAAAACUGAAAGAGAGGAUUAUCAAUGUCAUUUUCUGAAAAUAAGAGAGAUAAUAGAGGAUAUGGUGAAAGCGGAUCAAUUUUUGAUAAUCCAGGAAAAGUGUGAAAAAUUGAUGACCAAAAUAGCAUCAGAGGAAAGUUACUCUGAAGGUCUAAAGAAAAACUGA